AUGUCCAUCUUCUACUGCGUUGUGGCCAACGGCUGCUGCCCAUUGGCCGAGCACAGCAACGGCGGCGACCGCAGCAUGAACGAGUUCGCGCAGAAGCUGCUGAAGAAGCUGACGCUGCGCCACGACGCGGUCGAGUCGAUCGACUUUGACGGGAAGACGUAUAGCUACCGCGUGGAGAACCACGUGGCCUAUGUGUGCGUCACGAACGCCGCGUUCGGCGAGAGCUCGGCCGCGUUGUUUUUGCGGCACAUUGCGCAGCUGUUUGACGCGCAGUUUGGGAUAAGAGGACAGACGACGAAGCUCAAGUGGGACAUGAAUCGCGACUUUGCACGGACGUUGAAGCAGCAAAUGGAGACGUUUUCGUCGACAAGUGGAGCAGAAAAGCUGCAAGCGUUGAAGACCGAUAUGGAUAAAGUCGCGAGUACUGUCCAUGAAAACAUAACCAAAGUGCUGGAACGAGGGGAUAAAGUCGAACUGCUUGUUGACAAGACGGAUCAGCUCAACUCUCAGUCGGCCGCGUUCGCCAAGUCCAGCACAAACCUCCGUCGUCAUCUGUGGUGGGAAAACGUGAAGAUGAGCAUCGCAAUCGCAGUCGUAAUCGUGCUAUUCCUUGCUCUGAUACUCUUGUUUCUCCGAAACAAGAAGCAGAUGGCCCGGAAUGUGGACUGCGGGACAGAGAUCUACGAUGGCUGA